UAAGCGAUAAACGCACCUCGUCCGGUUCGCAUGGCCCAAAAAGUGAUUUGUUCGUCACUACAGAUAAAUACGAACCCUCCCGCGCCGAGGAAAAUACUCCCGACAAGUUCCGUAGGAGGCAAACCCGGUUUUCCCACUAUCGUACCACUACCGUUUCCAUGACGUUUAUUGACAUUGGUAUUGCUAUAAUUGGAGGUGUCGUGGGCGGGCCGGACCCAUUCGAAGAAGCAGGUCAGGCACCGACAGAUGGCAAACCCGACAAGGAGGUAUCCCCAUAA